AUGGGCGACGAUAUCACCCUUUCGGCUGCCAGUGGCGAGGUUCUUACAAAUGGCACCAAGAAGAAGCAGAUUCUGCUGAAUGCUUUUGACAUGUCAACUGUGGGACACUUGUCUCCAGGACAGUGGAAAAAUCCCAAAGACAAGUCGGCCACCAAGAGGAAACUGGAUUACUGGAUUGAUCUUGCAAAACUUCUGGAGAGAGGAGGGAUCAAUGCCCUAUUUCUUGCAGAUACAUAUGGAGGCUAUGACACGUACGAAAACUCGUUGGACAACUGCAUUCGGAGGGCUGCGCAAUGGCCCAUGACCGACCCCACGAUUCCCAUCAGUGCUAUGGCUGCAGUCACAAGCAAACUGGCGUUCGGAAUCACGGCAUCGACAUCCUUUGAGCCACCAUUUCUGCUGGCGAAACGUUUCUCAACAUUAGAUCAUCUAACAAACGGCAGAAUUGGGUGGAACAUUGUGACUUCAUGGAAGGCAGCGUUUAAAGCAAUCGGCCUCGAUAGUCCCAUUGAGCACGAUGAAAGAUAUGCGCAAGCGGACGAGUAUCUGAGAGUCCUCUACAAGCUGUGGGAAGGAUCAUGGGCGGAUGACGCAGUCAACCCCGAUCCCGACAAUGAUAGUUAUAUCGACCCUGACAAAGUCCGCACUAUUCAUCAUCAUGGAAAAUACUUGAACCUCGAUACUCGUCAUAUCGUGGACCCCUCUCCACAGAGAACACCCUUCCUCUUCCAAGCCGGAACAUCUGCUGCAGGAUCUGCCUUUGCAGCGACUCAUGCAGAGGCGAUAUUUGUGUCAUCACAUUCACCCAAAGUCCUUCGACCCAAGAUCGAUAAAAUUCGGGCUUUAGCGGCCGAGCAAGGCAGAGAUCCACAGUCAAUCAAAUUUUUUGGAACUUUCACGCCCAUCAUAGGACAAACAGAUGAGGAGGCCAAGGAGAAAUACGAAGAAUUGAAGAAAUAUGCCUCGACCAUUGGGGGUUUAGUGUUGUUUAGUGGAUGGACUGGUAUUGAUAUCUCAAAGAUACCGAUUGACAAAGACAUCACGGCCGAGGACUCCUUGGAGGCACAUAAAGUCACCAGUAUACUGGAUGCAUUUACCACAACGAGUCCAGAGAUCCCAAGGUGGACUCCCCGAGUGAUUGCCGAAAAAGCAUCAAUUGGUGGGCUGGGUCCUGUCUCAGUGGGCAGUCCGAGCACCGUGGCGGAUGAGUUGGAGCGAUGGAUCAAGGAGGCAGACCUUGACGGGUUCAAUCUUGGCUACGUCACUACUCCUGGCACAUUUGAAGAAGUAGUUGACUUGCUUAUCCCUGAAUUGCGCAGAAGAGGAGUGUACCCUGAAGCCUUCCAAGAGGGAUUGACCGCAAGAGAGAAGGUCUAUGGAAAGGGGCAGGCAAAGUUGAGAGCCGACCAUGUCGGAAGUUCUUAUAAGUAUGCUGUUUAUCAGGAAGACAAGAAGUAUGAACAUGCAACUGCUCCUGUUACAUCCCAGGAAUGA